AUGGAUCAAGUAGUAGCGGUUAGAAGGGUGAAUGAUAGGAUAAUGAAAAUUAAGCUAGUUUUGGAAGGGUUAACUAUUAACAUAGUUAGUGCGUAUGCGCCUCAGGCGGGUCUGGCGGAGGAGGAUAAAAGGCAUUUUUGGGAGGAGUUGGACAAGGUUGUGAGGAGUAUCCCACAGACUGAGAAACUAGUGAUAGGAGGAUAUUUUAAUGGGCACAUAGGUUCUACCUCAGGAGGAUAUGGUGAUGUGCAUGGCGGGUUCAGCUUUGGAGAUAGAAAUGAGGGAGGAGUUUCACUUUUAGACUUCGCAAAUGCUUUUGAGUUAGUCAUAGCUAACUCGAGCUUCAGGAAGAGGGAGGGGCACUUGGUGACCCAUCGUAGUGCGGUGGCUAAGACUCAGAUAGAUUAUUUGCUCCUUAGGAAGGGUGAUAAAGGUGUUUGCAAGGACUGCAAGGUUAUCCUGAGCCAGAACCUUACUAGCCAGCAUAAACUCGUGGUUAUGGACUUAGAGAUCAAGAUAAAAAAGAAGAAGAGGGUUGCUUAUUGA